GGACGGAGGGCGUGAGCGGAGUAAAGCGGACCCCGCAUAGCUAUAGAGUUGAGGGUCAAGUGGAGUUACUGUCUCUGUUCCUCUGGUCAGCGUGAUGGCCAGAGGCCUGGGGGCCCCCCACUGGGUGGCCGUGGGUCUGCUGACCUGGGCGGCCGUGGGGCUGCUCGUGGCCGGACACGGGGGUCAUGGCGACAUGCACGAGGACCUGCACGAAGACUUCCAUGGACACAGCCAUUCACAUGAGGAUUUCCACCAUGGCCACAGCCAUGCCCAUGGCCAUGGCCACACUCACGAAAGCAUCUGGCAUGGGCAUAACCACGGUCAUGACCACGGACAUUCACAUGAGGAUUUGCACCAUGACAAUAGCCAUGGCCACUCCCAUGAGAGCCUCUACCACAGAGGGCAUGGACAUAACCAUGAGCACAGCCAUGGAAGCUAUGGGGAGUCUGGGGCUCCAGGCAUCAAGCAGGACCUGGACACUGUCACUCUCUGGGCCUAUGCACUGGGGGCCACAGUGCUGAUUUCAGCAGCUCCAUUUUUUGUCCUCUUCCUUAUUCCUGUGGAGUCAAACUGCCCCCGGCACCGGUCUCUACUCCAGAUCUUACUCAGUUUUGCUUCUGGUGGGCUCCUCGGAGAUGCCUUCCUACACCUCAUCCCUCAUGCCCUGGAACCUCAUUCCCACCACCCUCAGGAGCACCCUGGACAUGGACACUCCCACAGUGGCCAGGGCCCCAUUCUGUCUGUGGGACUGUGGGUCCUUAGUGGAAUUGUCGCCUUUCUUGUGGUGGAGAAACUUGUGAGACACGUGAAAGGAGGACAUGGACACAGUCAUGGACAUGGACAUGCUCAUGGUCCCAUACACGGAAGUCAUGGACUUGGAAGACACGAGCGUUCUUUAAAGGAGAAACAGAGCUCAGAUGAAGAAGAAAAGGAAGCAGGGGGGUCAAAGAAGCGAAGAGGACGGAAUACAGGGCCCAAAGAUUGGCCAUUGAGACCUCAGAAUUCUGAAGAGGGAAAAACAGGUUCAGACCUCCGUGUAUCAGGGUACCUGAAUUUGGCCGCUGACCUGGCACACAACUUCACAGAUGGUCUGGCCAUUGGUGCUUCAUUUCGAGGGGGUCGAGGAUUGGGGAUCCUGACCACAAUGACUGUCCUGCUACAUGAAGUGCCACAUGAAGUCGGAGACUUUGCCAUCUUGGUCCAGUCGGGCUGCAGCAAAAAGCAGGCAAUGCGUCUGCAGCUACUGACGGCGGUAGGGGCAUUGGCGGGCACAGCCUGUGCCCUCCUAACUGAAGGAGGAGCAGUGGGUAGUGAAGUUGCAGGUGGUGCAGGUCCUGGCUGGAUUCUGCCGUUCACUGCAGGUGGCUUUAUCUACGUAGCAACCGUGUCUGUGUUGCCUGAGCUGUUGAGGGAAGCGUCACCACUGCAGUCACUUCUGGAGGUGCUGGGGCUGCUGGGGGGGGUUGUCAUGAUGGUGCUGAUUGCCCACCUCGAGUGAGAGGUGGAAUAAACACCCCCACUCAGUCCCAAACCUCUGGCCUCUUAAGUCUUCCGAGUUUGAGUUCGGGGCUGUGGAGGUUGGGGCCCUGGCCAAGGAAGGACAUCUGCCAAAGGAAGGAGUUUUCGCAUCGUAGGGAAGGAAGUGGUGACUGGCAUGAGGGCUAAGGUUUGGCAGUCUUAUAGGGGCUGCAGAAAUGAGAAUGAGAGACCAGAGGAACCAAGCGUUGGUUGUGUGCUGACCAUGUUGUUGGGUUUGGGGGACUAAAUGGGGCCAUGAAGAAGGCUGGAAGAGACCAGUCAUGGCAGCCUACUCAUGUCCCCUACCCCACCUGUUCUCGGAGGAACGAGCUGCCACACACAGGCUUCUCCAAGGUCCUCCUCCCUCUCCCACCUGUUGGUGGAGGCUUCAGAGAAGACCAAAGCCCUGGACAGAAGGGGCAUCAGGAACCAUGGGGUAAACAUAAGUUAAACAACAAUCGUGUGUCCUGAUUUGGGAGUGAUUUGGGGGGGAGGGGGCGUUAGUUGCUAAUCUCAUGGCCUGAACUUUUGUUUAUUUUUUUAUAUCACUGUUUGAAUCGAGGGGGUGGGGUGGUGGCCGAAAAUAAAGUCCUCGGAUCUUCCGUCCCAAAA